AUGUUUCGUCAGAGUAUUUUUUUUCUGGCGAAGGUUUACGGUGCGGGAACUCCCAUAGCUGCAGGGAGACAACAGUCUCCACAUCGUCUUCUGCAUGGAAAACGUGAGCGGCAGGGAAGUCUCUUUGCGAUUGCCAAUGAUGUGAAGUCGGAUGAGAAAAAACUUCGUCAACAACUUAACGCGCUGUUAGAAGAAGAACGUCUCCCAUUACGUGAACGACUACAACGUAAUAAAAUGAACAGUGAUGAUGAGGCAUUUCCACAACGGCGUCUUGUGGAUCUCCCCGGUGUGGAGCGUCGUCGUGAUUUACCCGCAGAUCCCAUUACACGACUCUUCUUUCAACAUAAAGGGGAUCAUGCCCUUUACUAUGGCACCUACGACUACCCUAGUCGUCAAGAUGAGGAUCGUGUGCAGAUUGAAAAACGUGAACCACGUGAGUGGACAUUUAAUGUAACGACGCCAAUGUAUGAUUUCUGCCAUCGCAUACGUGAGGCGGCAGAUCAGCGGAAACGUUUUGUGAUUGUUCCCUCCACCAUUGAGACACGAGGAUGUGCACGGGUAAUGCAUGAUCAUGGACUGGUUGCAGGAUUUCGUGAUUUUCACAAUGAUCGGGCUUUCGCAGUAGAAUUAAAGUACUUUCAGGGUGAAUCCACCAUUAAUGUUAUUGAACCUUGUGCGUAUGAUGGUAAAACCGAGUUUGAGUGGAGCCCUAAAAUGAUGCGACGACUCUUAAAUACGCAUGGUAUUCACAAUCGUCUUGUUGUGUACAUUUGUCGAACAGCUGAUAAUCGUAUUAUUGAUCACAUUCAAGCAGUGAAAGAACAUAUUGGUGGACGGGGUUUAAUGAUGGUGCAUUAA